UCCAACUGCACAGUUAACUAUUCACAGGAGAUCCAAGAUGUUUAAGAUCAUCGCACUGGUUGCCUGUCUGGUCGUCGUUGCUUCUGCUCAGUUCAAUGGAGGAGAUCACGGCCACCACGAAGACUAUCAUCAUUCCUACCCGAAAUACAAGUACGAGUACGGUGUCAAGGACCAUCACUCCCACGACCACAAGAGCCAGUGGGAACAUCGUGACGGUGACCACGUCAAGGGACAGUACACUCUGGAUGAGGCCGACGGAACCCAUCGCAUUGUGGAUUACACCUCGGAUCACAAAACCGGAUUCCAGCCACAUGUCCAGCGCAAGGGACACGCCCAUCAUCCGCACGGAGAGAGCUAUGCCAACAUCAAACAGCAUUACUAAAUAAAUUGCCGCUAGUAAGGACUGAU